AUGCCGUCGUGCAAGCGCCGCUUCGCCUGGGACUCGGAGUCCGGAAGUGGCGAACAGAGCGAGCGGAGCAGCGAGGAGGACUCCGAGGCUGAGGAUGUGGUGGGCUGGGAAUCUCAGAAGGUCGUAGAGAUCCACACGCAGGUGUGCCCAAGUGCUGAGUAUUUUCAGCUCAGAGAGCAGUCCGCCAAAGACGAGGCAAAGGAGGCGGCCGCGCCCUCGGCGGCCGCGCCCUCGGCUGCGGCCCAGCGCGGGGCCUUGGCCGUGGAGCGGCGCCGGCGACGGCUGACGGAGCUGCGAGGCGCUUCGAGGGCAUCGGCGCUGGCCGAGGCGGCGGCGCAGCUGCGGGGCCGCGGCUUCGUGGUUUGGGACCACUUCCUGGGCGCCGCUGAAUCGCUGCUGCCCCUCCUUGCGCGGAGCGACUGGCGCCCCGGGCGCCUCGGGGACGCACUCAGCACGUCCUUGCGCGGCGACCGAGUGGCUUGGCCCAGCCUGGAACACCCGGAGCUCCGGCGCUGGCUGCAGGCGUUGGACGACCUGGUGGCGGACCUGCGCCCGCUGCUGGACCGCGAGAACGAGCUGCGGACCGUGACUGCGCGGGAGCCGCCCAUGGCCUCCUGUUACCCCAGGGGCGCGCGCUACAUCCGGCAUUACGACAACAACUGUGAGGAGGGACAGGGGGAUUGCAACGGGCGUCGCUUGACGGCAGUGUACUACCUCAACGAGGUCACAGAGAGUGAUGGCGGGCACCUGCGCAUCAUGGGCCAGCGUAGGGUUUAUGACAUCCUCCCGGCGCUGGAUACCUUGGUCCUCUUCUGGGCGGACCGGCGCACGCCCCACGAGGUCUUGCCAAACCGAGGUGCGGACCGCUACGCGCUGAGCUGCUGGUACGUGGACCUGGCGGAGGCUCCUGAUGCCCCCGCCUUCCCCAUGAAAAACCACCGUGCCUGCCUGCCUCCCAGAUCCAUCAAAUCUGAUCCGGGCGACGGAGGAGCGGCGUCGCUUUUGGUGUCCGGAGAGCGGGACAAGGCCUUGGCCCAGUCCCCAGAAACCGGCGAGCGCGCGGAGGUGCACCACAACUUGAAGGAGUGCCUCCAGAGGAAGGCUCAGAUCAAAGAGCGCCUGGAGUGGAAAGAGCGCAUCAUCGCCAAGGAAAAGGCUUGGGAAGAGGAGGAGCAGCGGAAGCAGGAAGAGAAGCAACAAGCAGCCGAGGAGGAGGCGAGACGGCGCAAGGAACGGGAAGAACGGCUGGAGCGGAUGAAAGAGGAGCGCAAACAAGAGGAGCGUCGCCACGUGCAGCAGGUGCGUCCGGCCGCCGGUCUCGAAUCUUUGCCCAAGGUCGAGGAGGUCCCGGGCUUUGCCGAGCUGCGGUUGCUGGAGCAGACCCUUCAGUACUGCAAGAAGCUGCUGCCCAAAAACAUGGACUCCGUGCAAGAGAAGAAGCCCAUCCAGUACAACAACCCUGAUGGAUCGCUCAUCAUCGUGCCGAAGGAGGAGCGGUCGGAAGAGUACUUGUUCGCCCCGCCGAAGCCGCGGCGGCACGAGGGCAAGGUGAACAAAAGGCCACCCACCAGCAAGCUGAAGAAGACUCGCACGGAGGGCGAGCAGGAACCAGUGAGCGGCUCCACGGAUACGGAGGCAGAGGACUUGGAGCUGCGGAGCCGAUUUCACCGCGCGGCCACGGAGAAGUCCUCCUGGGGCCAUCUCCCGGGCCACCGGCGGCUCCGGGGCCACGGCAGCGUGCCGGCGCAUAAGCAGGGCCCCAGGAUCCACGUGCACUGGCCCAAGGUGCACAUCGACUGGGGGCCGGAGUGGCACUACCAAUUGGUGCAGGUGCUGCAGUCCAACCAGUACCAUCUCAAAGACGAAGGCAAGCAGUUCCGAGUGGAGGAUUGCAAGGGACAUCGCUUCAAGGCGCAGAGCAAGCACAGCCAGGACCGGAGCCUUUUCCCAUUGACCCUCUACCUCCGCAAGAGCCGACCCGCGUGGCAGGACUGUGGGCACUUGGUGGCGUGCAACGCGGGCCACACCACCACCACGCCGCUGGAGCCGGGGAAGCCCGGGAAGCCCUGGCGCCUGCGGCCCCUGCAUGAGGCCACCUGGCCCUUGGCGAAGAACAUCCCGCCCAGAAGCGCGCACAUGGCCACCAAGUGGGCGCAGCGAGGCUUCCUGGUGGAUCAGCUGCUGGACGCGCUGCAGAGGUCAUCCACCUGCGAAUGCGGGAAUCGCGGCAUAGGGGAGGACUCGCCGAGCCGUUCCAUGAAGGAGGGCAUGCAAGCGAUUCAGAACCACCAGAUCGACCACCAGAAUGUGGGGCACCGCUGCCCCCCGCCGCGGUGCCAACAUUGCGCCGGGGUCUGCGACUGCCUCUGGAAGAGCGACAUGGCGCUGCUCAUCGAAGAGCGCGCGGAUGUGAACGGCUCCAGCUGGCGGGGGGUCACACCUCUGCUGCUGGCCUCCGGCCAUGGCCACGUGCGGGUCGUCACCUUCUUCCUCGCCCUGAACGCCGACCCCCUGCAGAGCGCUGAUCCUGAAGGCUGGACACCUCUGCACGAGGCUGCGCGGCUGAACCGCGCGGGCACCUGCGACGCCUUGCUGGAGGCUUGCGAGGACCAGCGGGCACUGCUGGAAGCACGGUGCCAGCGCCGGGAAGCGUACUUCCAUCAGACCACCGCUGUUUUGGUGGCGGCCGAGGGCCGCCUCGAGUCCCUGCAGGUGCUGAUCAAGUACAAGGCCAACCUCGAUGCCCGCCGAGAGGAUGGCAAUACGCCACUGAUGUUGGCAACUGCCGGAGGGUACUACGAGGUGUGCCGCCUGCUCCUCUCCAGCGGAUGUUUGGUUUGUGGUGGCCUGGGCGGCCGACAGCUCCGGGAAGCCAUGGAUGCUGGCAGGCCGAAGGGAGGCUGCCGCCUGAAGUGCCGGGACAAGCUGCAUUUGCCGCUGCGAAACAAAAAAAGCAAGAGCGCAGGGAUGCUGGCGCGGCAUUCCCUACGGCAGCACCACAACUUUGUGGAGAUCGCCCUGCUCCUGGAGUCGAAGGGCGUACAGUGA